UUCGCCAACAUACGAAAAUGAGUCAAUACGUUCAUGUCCCCAAGUCCGAAUUGGACGAAGCACAGUUGCGACAACUAGAAGAACACGAGAUCUCUCAAGGGCCAUUGUCAGUCCUACAGCAGGCUGUGCGGAACCACGCGCAAGUGCUCAUAUCUCUUCGAAACAACAAGAAACUGUUGGCUCGUGUGAAAGCUUUCGAUAGGCAUAGCAACAUGGUCCUAGAAAAUGUGAAAGAGAUGUGGACAGAGGUGCCAAAGGGGAAGAACAAGAAACCCGUGAACAAAGAUCGUUUCAUCAGCAAGAUGUUCCUUCGGGGUGAUUCCGUAAUUCUAAUUCUACGCAAUCAGGCAUAAUGGGAUUCCCAUUGUUUGUAUUUCCCCGGUCGCUCUGCGACUUUGUGUCCUCUAGCAUCAGCGCUGUAUCUACACUUUUUAGUAGAAUCUGUUACGCGACUCUUCC